AUGUCCUCCCCAACUGGCGUGCGGCAUCGCGGCACAAAGGACAAGAAGCGACCAACGACACCGAACCCGGACACGAUCGCAUAUCAGGUCGACAACGCUGUCACCAAAGUCAAGCGGGAAUUCAAGGCGAACCAGGGGUCGGAGUGGGACUACAAGAUCGCCAUUGCUGUGAUCACCGUGCUAGCUUUCAUUACGCGCUUCUGGGGCAUCAACCACCCGGACCAGGUUGUCUUUGAUGAGGUGCACUUUGGAAAGUUUGCUUCAUACUACCUCCAGCGUACCUAUUUCUUCGAUGUCCACCCUCCCUUCGGAAAGCUUCUCUUUGCCUUCGCUGGAUGGCUCGUCGGAUACGAUGGCAGCUUCCUCUUCGAAAACAUCGGCGACUCGUAUAUCACGAACAAGGUCCCUUACGUUGCCUACCGCGCCAUGCCCGCUACCAUGGGCGCCCUUACUGUUCCGACCGUCUUCUUGAUCAUGUGGGAGUCUGGAUACUCGCUGCCAGCGUGCAUAACUGCCGCUGGACUGAUGCUCUUCGACAACGCCCAUAUUGGCCAGACGCGCCUGAUUCUGCUCGAUGCGACCCUGAUCUUCUUCAUGGCGCUUUCCGUCCUUGCCUACAUCCGCUUCUAUAAGCUCCGCCAUGAUCCCUUUAGCCGCAAGUGGUGGAAAUGGUUGCUCUUGACCGGCGUGUCUCUAAGCUGUGUCAUCUCGACCAAAUACGUCGGUGCUUUCACAUUCUUCUCUAUUGGUGUCCCUGUCUUGAUUGAUUUGUGGGACCUCGCCAACAUCAACCGCCGUCAAGGUGCUCUGAGCUUGCCGGAACUUGGCAAGCAUUUCGCUGCUCGCGCCAUUGGCCUCAUCGUCAUCCCGUUUCUCCUUUACCUUUUCUGGUUCCAGGUGCACUUCUCUAUCCUAAGCAGGUCUGGACCAGGCGACGACUUCAUGACCCCGGAGUUCCAAGAGACUUUGAGCGACAAUGCCAUGACUCUUCAGUCUGUCGGCAUUAACUACUACGAUUCAAUUACCAUUCGCCACAAGGAGACUAAAGUGUACCUUCAUAGCCACACAGACAAAUACCCGCUCCGCUACGAUGACGGGCGCAUCUCUUCGCAGGGACAGCAAGUUACUGGUUAUCCUCAUAACGACACCAACAACCACUGGCAAAUUCUACCCUCGAAGCCGCUGGAGAGCACCGAAGGACAACGCGUUAAGAUUGGUGACGUUAUCCGUCUGCGCCAUCUCAUCACUGAUUCUAUGCUUUUGACCCACGAUGUGGCAUCUCCUUACUACCCUACCAACCAGGAGUUCACCACUAUGAACAUGGAAGAGGCGAACGCAGGCCGUUACAACGACACUCUUUUUGAGCUCAAGGUCGACCCCAAGGGCAAGGGUGACUUCAAGACGAUGUCUUCUCACUUCAAGCUCAUCCACGUACCUACCAAGGUCGCCAUGUGGACUCACACCUCGCCGCUUCCUGACUGGGCAUACAAGCAGGCCGAAAUUAACGGAAACAAGAACGUACAGCAAAGCAGCAACGUCUGGUACGUAGACGACAUCCCCUCUCUCCCUGAGGAGGAUGAGCGCAACAAGAAGGAGGUCAAGCAGGUCAAAAGCCUUUCGUUCCUUCGGAAGUACAUCGAGCUCCAGCGUGCCAUGUUCUACCACAACAACGCUCUCACUAGCUCCCACCCCUACGCCUCGUUCCCCGUGUCUUGGCCCUUCCUUCUCCGUGGUGUCUCCUUUUGGACCCACAACGACACGAAGCAGCAGAUCUACUUUUUGGGUAACCCGCUUGGAUGGUGGCUGGCAUCCUCGCUCCUAGCCGUCUUCGCUGGUAUAAUCGGUGCCGACCAGCUGGCUCUUCGCCGUGGCGUUGAAGCCCUCGAUGAGCGCACCCGCUCCCGCCUCUACAACUCCACCGGAUUUUUCUUCCUCACCUGGGCCGCCCACUACAUUCCCUUUUACAUCAUGGGUCGUCAGCUCUUCCUGCACCACUACUUGCCUGCGCAUCUCGCCUCGGUACUCGUCACCGGUGCCCUCGUGGAAUUCAUCUUCAACAUUGAGCCUGUUGACACCGAAGCGCCGACGACUGUUGUCAAGGGCCACAAACGUACGCUCAGCAAGCCCGUGCGUGAGCGCGUGGCGACACAAAGUCUACUUGGCAGCUGGAUCGCGACGGGCGUUAUUCUUGCGGCGGUGGGCUGGUGCUACCUCUUCUUUGCGCCUUUGACGUACGGGUCGCCAGGACUGAGCGUCGAGCAGGUCAACGCACGGAAGUGGCUGGCGUACGAUUUGCAUUUCGCGAAAUAG